AUGGUCACCAAUGUCUCCUUUUCCCGGAUUGUGCCAAUCGACCCGGCCACCAGCAGGGCUGCUCAAGCCAGGGCCAGAGAGGGAACCCUCACGGUCCGUUUUGCGCCCUUCUCGCUGGACAACCCCCCCGUCGACGACGAGUACGACGACGUCUCGGUCGACAGCGGCGACGAGAAAGAAGACGAGGGAGAAGACGAGGGCGUCCAGCCUCAAAACAUUUCCAGCAUGCCCUCAAGCGCCAACGAGCACAACGACAACCUUGUCGUCCCAGAGUGGGAGGCCAGCCCCUCGAAGCCCAGCAGGGGCUUCGAGCCGAGCAGCGACGAUGAUGACGGCGAGAAAGCCGCCCAGGCAGCUCCAGCCUCUUUCGGCAUGAGCACUCAACCUCGCCUCUCGCUGCUGGCCACGCCUGCUUACCAGCCCUUUCCCCCUUACUACUUUUCACAGUCUCGACCCCUGACAUACCUUGAGCGGUUUCUCGGGCCUACAGCAGAGGUACACCCGCCUCAGACUGCAUCCCUUCAGACUCGUGAGCCUGAGCAUCAACCCAACCAGGCUCAAAUGUCCCAACGUCCAUCCACUCUGGGCCAAAUGGCCCAGCCCCAGGCCUCCCAGGGAUCUGUUGCGCGGUCUCUCGCACCCGCAGCAGAUGCUGACCGCAGUCCGACUCCCGAGUUUGGGCGUCGUCCCAGCCAGGCUCGAGCCCGGCGACCUCGACCCUCUCAGGUGUUUGCUCACCACAAUCGCAUGCCUACAGGAGGCACCAGCUCUUCUCAGAGUGUGGCCGCUCAGACCAAGGGAUCUGAGGGUCAACCCGCCCAGAUCCACCAUAUUCAGGCUCAGACACAGCCUGCUCAUACCCAGCCUACUCCAGCACAGACACGUCGCGACAAUACAACCGGCCCAUUGCAGCAGCACCCGACGCGUAUGGCCGAGACUCAGCAGAUUCAUGUCGACCGACGUCCACCUGGACCUCGAGUUCAUGCGGGAUCCCGACUCUCUCAGGAAGACAUGGCUCAGCUCCAAGACGACAUGCGUGCCGUCGAUGUCAGCAGCUUGCCGCCUCCUCCUACUCGACCCCCUUUUUACUCCUCCUACCAAGCCACGGAUGAUGAUUUUGAGCUUUACUUCGUCUCUAUGGACGCCCGUAGUCGUGCUGCUCGGAUCCUCGCACCUCCUCCCCGGCCUGGUCGUGGUGGCUUUGGCAUUGUUCGUCGUGAUGACGACUUGACCCUCCCUGGAACGGACAGCGGUGGCUCGACCAAUGUCUUAACAAGGGACAGCAACAACGGCGGUGCGACUGCUCGUAAUGAUAACGUCUCAACCCAACGCCCAUCUACUACUGCCUCUGACGGUAUGCCGGCCGUGUCUCGUAUUGAUACAUCGGACAAGUCUCGGGCGAACACCGACGUCAAGGGCAGACCACCCCUGAAGCGCCGUUUUGGAGCCUGUAGAGACGAGACAGAUGAGAAGAAAAACGGCGAUGACGACGAUGACUCUUCUUCCUCAUCCGAUAUCGAUUUCAUGACCUACAUCAAGACCGCCAGAAAGCGGAAGAGGACUCAAACCAUGCAGAUGACAGGCAAGAACAACGGAAAGAACGACAGCCAUACCACCGGUGCUUCGAAUGCAAGCAAUGAAGCUGAUCAGACCCAGGGCAGCGCCCCCGACAGCGGUGCCACCAACUGCACUGAUGGCGUUCACGUUGUUCGACAGGGCGUCAGUGCUCUGCUCAGCACCACCAUAAAGGUUGACCAACAGAACGAGGCAAAGAAGAUUGAUGAGCGCGUCAAGGAUGUCUCAGCCCCAUUGGGAGCCGCACAGAAAGACGCCGACGAGAUGAAGAUCCUGGGGAACGCCGAUGUGGAUGUGAUGAUGCAGACUAUCGAGUUCCGCAAGGGAGGAGGGGUUGCUGAGGAGAACCAGAGCCCGGCCAGUACGUAUCAGGAGCGGCUGCGCAAGCGUAGCAACCAGAAUUACAACGAGGAGAUCCUUGGUAUGGAUACUUCGUCGGAUGGCGAGCAGCUGAACACCAGCGUUGCCGAUAUGAUGGACUGGGUUGCGACAGAUGACAACGGCACAUACGACGUCACUCCUCGGGCAGGUUCCUCUGUGAAGUCCUCGAUCAAAGGCUCCAAGCGCCCCAACAAGGCCCACAGCCCCAAGCCUACCAAGAUUGUCAAUCUGCGCAUUCCAUCCAAGGCUAUGCGCUUCUUUGCGCAACCUGGCGACCCCUCGAUUCCCAUCGCCGACAAGAACUUUUUCUGUGGAAAGGCCGAGCGCAAGGAUUGGACUGGCGUCGACCAGUCGCAGCGGUAUAUCAUUGUGCCCCUCGAGGUGCGAGAGCGCAUCUAUCGCGAGCUUCUGGUUGCGGACGGGCCCAUCAGAGUCAAGUCAGGCUGGUCGCAGGUCUUCCCGCUUCAGCCACUGAAGCUGAACAUCUAUCCGAAGAUCCUGCAGGCUAACCGUCAGAUCUAUCAAGAGGCAGUCAAGCUCUUGUACGGCUGGAACACCUACCGGUACAUCCUUCGCGACAAUGGCAAGAGGGUCAAAUUUGCAGACCACCAGCACUACCAGCCGACCUUGAAUCUGGACAAGCACUUCACCGACUUGCAGUGCUUGCAGCUGGUUCUCGAGGGCAACCGGAUGGGUGGGCUGUACGCCCUCGACAUGAACAGGGCCAUCUGCGAGGUGAUCUGGUCCGGCGUCAGCCUGCACAAGCUCACGAUCGACGUCUCGCCCCGCAAGAUCGAAGACGAAGUGGCCGAAGUCGAGUCUUUCUCCUCGAGAUACAGCGCCCUGGGCGUGCUGAAGCGCGUGAAUACAAAGUAUGUCCAAAUCAACGUCUUCCUCCUACAGACCAACGCAGAGGCCACCAAGAGUCUUCGCACGAUUAUUGACAAGCGCCCCGACAUUGACGACCAGGACGUCUUCAAUCAGAUGUGCCGUCAGGACGAGGUGACGCAGAAGACGCUAAGCCCUCAGGAACGUCGUCGCCGCGCCGAGCAGGAGCUGCGUGAGAAGGCCGAGGCUGAAGUCAACCGGCAGCUGGACAGGCUGCCCUGGCGUCUGGAGCACGCCGUCAACAAGGGAGCUGCCUGGGUUGUGCAUCGUGGUUGGUUCGAGGAGUUUGAUGCUGGUGUCAGACCUCGCAAGACGUCUUUGGCUGGAAUGUGCGGCGCCGACAACGAGGGCGACAGUGACUAUGGCAAGUGA